ACUACCUCUAGGACCCAGUGUUUCUCCUCCUCAGCCUUUGUAGUUUUUUGUGUGGAGAUGAGGGAGACUGAGAUGUGCUUCUUCUUGCUUAUCACGAUUCACAUCGAGCUUUUUUACCAGCUGAGGGGGAUGCUGAACAGGGCGAUUUGAAGCCAGGAUCAGCUCCCACAACUGCUGCUUUUUCAUUUUUUUAAAAGCUUUUAUUUCAUUUUAUUUCCAUCUCAUCAUUAUUACACAUAUAUUUUUUUUUUUACAUUUUUGGGACACUAUGAAAGCUUGUGCAUUUCGGGUGCAUUCCUGCUGCUGGCUGGGACUAUGAUUUAUCAAUGCUCGCAGCUUUGUUCUCAUGACACACUUGCACUCAUUCAGUCGCAUCAAAACAGGAGAGAGCGGUGAUUUCUCUUUAACUUUCUUGCAUCUUCGACGAUUCCAGCUGCAGCAGGUACUUUCUGCACUUGAGUUCAUUCCUGCUGUGUGUAGGUGUUGAAGCAGCCAUGUGGAGCAGAGAGAGCGCUCCUCCACUCCUCGUCUGCCUGCUGGCGCUCACAGCUCUCUGGAACACCAGGUCAGUGAAUGCCGAUACCACAUCUGAUGCCUUUAAAACCAACAUCACCCUGUUCACACGGAUCCUGGACAGCCUGCUGGAUGGAUAUGACAACCGUCUACGGCCAGGGCUUGGGGACAGGAUAACUGAGGUGAAGACAAACAUCUACGUCACCAGCUUUGGACCAGUUUCAGACACAGACAUGGAGUACACUAUAGACGUUUUCUUCCGGCAAAGCUGGAAGGAUGAGAGGUUGAAAUUUCAUGGACCAAUGAAUAUUCUGCCCCUUAACAACCUGAUGGCGAGUAAAAUCUGGACUCCGGACACCUUCUUCCAUAAUGGGAAAAAGUCCGUGGCUCAUAACAUGACCAUGCCUAAUAAGCUGUUGAGGAUCAAAGAUGAUGGGACGUUGCUGUACACCAUGAGGUUAACUGUGCAUGCAGAGUGCCCAAUGCAUCUGGAGGAUUUCCCCAUGGACUUUCAUUCCUGUCCACUAAAAUUUGGCAGCUAUGCCUACACAACCUCAGAAGUGACUUAUGCUUGGACUCGGAAUGCCUCCGACUCUGUGGUGGUGGAAGGAGAGAGCUCCCGCUUGAACCAGUACGACCUGCUCGGACAAACGGUCGGACAAGAAACCAUCAAGUCGAGUACAGGUGAAUACACAGUGAUGACGGCUCAUUUCCAUCUGAAGAGGAAGAUCGGCUACUUUGUCAUCCAGACGUACCUCCCGUGCAUCAUGACAGUCAUUCUCUCCCAAGUGUCUUUCUGGUUGAAUAGAGAAUCAGUGCCGGCUAGGACUGUGUUCGGUGUAACCACCGUUCUCACUAUGACGACACUGAGUAUAAGUGCGAGGAACUCCCUUCCCAAGGUUGCCUACGCCACCGCCAUGGACUGGUUCAUCGCCGUCUGCUACGCCUUCGUCUUCUCCGCCUUGAUUGAGUUCGCCACCGUCAAUUACUUCACAAAGCGCGGCUGGGCUUGGGACGGAAAGAGUGUUGUGACUGACAAGAAAAAAGAGAGGGCGUCUGUCGUCAAGAAGAAUAAUGCCUACGCUGUAGCAGUGGCCAACUACGCGCCCAACAUCAACAAGGACUCCAGCGCACUUCCAAACAUCGCCAAAGGUGGAGCUUUGGAUCCCAACAAGCCCAGAGCAGACGGCAAAAUCCCGGACAGCAAGAAGACAUUCAACAGCGUCAGCAAAAUUGACAGGAUGUCAAGGGUUUUGUUUCCGGUUCUCUUUAGCAGCUUCAACCUCGUUUACUGGGCCACCUACUUAAACAGAGAACCCAUUAUAAAGGACAUGGUCCCCUCUACUUAGAGGUCAGUUUCAAUGGGUUCUGGUCUGGGGACUAAGAGACGAACCAAAUACCUCCAGCAACUGUGUACACAUACCUUUGCAGAGUGAAGUCCUGGAUUGCAGUGUGAUCCUCUAUCUCCGCCUGUUUUCUACACCGUCUGCAGCACUUUUGAAAAGCCCGGCUUUUGUAAAUGUGUACGUAUAUUUAUAUUCAUGGUUUCAUGGUGACAUAUUGUGUGAUUACUUCGAUUAGAGUGCAUAUUUCCUUUAAAGUAUGUUUCCAGUUACAGUAUGUGGCCACUGUACAUACAAAUCAAAUGAAGAGUAAACACAUAAACAUACAUUUUAUUUAAGAUUACUUCUAAAUGUGUUGAAUUUUUCCAGUAAUGCCCACUCUCUUGAUAUUACAGUAUAUAUUUUCUUUUGAGUGAAAGGGACUCAUAUUUCUUACUUUCUUUGCCAUCUAAGAGUGGCCUGACUCUUUUGUUUUCUGUCCAAGCCAAUGCAAAAACACACUUGUAUAAUAUUGUUGCAGUGUAAAAGUUGUUAUAUUAUCUGUGACUGCAGGUAUGGGGCUGCAAUCAAACGCUGACCUCCAGAAUUACUGAAACACUCCGAGCCAAAAAGGUUGUAAAAAAAA